AUGUCGGUCAUGUGAUACACACGUAUCCUACACGAGAGAUUCACAUGGGACCUGUAGAGACAAACAAACAUAUCCAUCUCGUAACUGUAACAUUCGGAACGUUUAUCCUUCGUUGUCUACCUCGACGACAUUCGGAACGUCUCAUUCCUUCGUUGUCUAGCUCGACAACAUUCGGAACGUCUCGAUUGAAUACUUUUCGUCUAUAGAAAUACCGGGCCUCAACCAUGGUAGAUUGAUGUGAGGGGUUUAUCAGUCGACCCGCUAUACGAUAAUGGAAACAUAGAUAGGGCAUUGCUAGGGUCAGAAUAUAGAUUGUAAAUACUUUCAUAGGUAAGGAUGAUAUACCCGUAAUCUGCCGAUACUCGGGUGCGCCUCGUCUCGGUUAAUACGGAGUACAGAUUGGUACUAUAAACAACCUAUACCGAUCAAGAAAUAUGGAGUUACAUAUAAGAACAACAGUUGCUUAUUUGGCACUGUUGACACUGUAUAGGGGGACUACUGCUUCGAGCAGCCCAGCCUCCAUGACUAACCUGGUUACAAGUACACCAAGCAGCCCAGCCUCCGUGACAAACCCUGUGGGCGGUAUACCAAGCAGCCCAGCCUCUGUGACAAACCCGGUGACCAGAACACCAAGCAGCCCAGCCUCCGUGACAAACCCGGUGGGCGGUAUACCAAGCAGCCCAGCCUCCGUGACAAACCCGGUGCCCAGUACACCAAGCAGCCCAGCCUCCGUGACAAACCCGGUGACCAGUACACCAAGCAGCCCAGCCUCCGUGACAUCGACAGCAGUAGGUCCGAACUUUUUUGAAAAUUUACAAAAUUUUCUACUUAAUUCUAAGUUCACCGACAGCAUUCAGAAACAGCUCGGAAACUUCAUAAAAUCUAACAAUGUGUCGCUACCCAUCUCGGUCAUGACUCCCCAAAAUCUACAAAAACUCCUCCAGUUCCUCAGACCUGGUUCCAACAGCGGUAACCUCCAAGGUAUUUCUCAGUACGUGGGGAUGCUCGGGAACAUCUCAAACACAAUACAGAAUGUCACUGGACAAUUGGAACAACAAAUUUCACCUCAGUGUUUCAGCCACUUACAACAUCUAGUGUCGGAACUCACUCAAAGGGAACAAUGGGCGAUGAAAAUGAUAGAUGCGACAGGUAAAAUUCCGUCAGGAUUUAUGCAAGGAAACCUGGCGUGGGCAGGUUCCUUUGACGAGUGCCUGGGUGUGCGUACCGAGACGUUCGAUGGGCAAUUCUGUACAGCGACACUUCCCCUCUCAGCAGUAUUGGGAUCCUUGUUCCCUUCACCGUUAGGUAUAAACGUACGUAUGGGCGUGUGUAUACCGGACAGCUGUACCGAAAACGAAACGAGAGUCGCAUUAAAUGCCCUUUUGGGUAUGGUGCCUCUUGGAAAGAUCAAACUCCAAACUUCCAGUGUGAAAUGUUCCGAGCCUCCUGAGUACGACAGUCUGGCCAUCGGAGGGUUUACAGUGUGUGGUGUGUUUCUUGCCCUGAUGGUGUUGUCGACCUUGUUCGAUGUUAUGUACUCUCAGCAUCAGAAAAAGUCUAAUGAGACGGCGCCGUACGAGAAAGAUGUUUCUGUAGAGAGUAAAUACCGUGUCAACGGGGACAUAGAAAAACCUUCAAAACCCAAACAACCAGGCGUGUUAGCGAAACUUGCCAUGGCAUUCUCUGUGUACACUAAUGGCCGGAAGUUGAUGAGCACAGGACAGCCAGGUGGCGCUCUUGGCGCCGUCAAUGGGAUUCGAUUCCUCAGUAUUUCCUGGGUGAUUCUAGGACAUGUGUAUUCCUCUGCCCUGGCUAACCUUCAAAACCCUAGUUUUAUGUCGGAAUUCAUGAGUAACUGGACAUCAAUGGCUUUGGUCAAUGCCCUGCUCUCAGUGGACACUUUCUUCACGCUCAGCGGACUACUAGUAUCCUAUUUGUUCAUGAAGGAAAUGAAAAAAGAAAAAGGACGUAUCAACUGGUUCAUGUUCUAUUUCCACCGUUUCUGGAGGCUUACACCAGUGUAUAUGUUGGUGUUAUUUCUUGACGUUUCUCUGUUUCGCUACCUUGGUGACGGACCUUUCUGGAGUAAAACCGGUGUUGAACAAAAUUUCUGCAAAGAUACCUGGUGGACAAAUCUCCUUUAUAUCAACAAUGUCUACAAAAAGAAGGAGAUGUGUAUGGGUUGGUCGUGGUACCUGGCCAAUGAUAUGCAGUUUUAUGUGGUGAGCCCUCUCCUUCUGGUGCCCCUUUACUUCUCCAAAAAUAUCGGAUUAUUUGUCAAUUUUUUGGCCUUAUUGGGGAUCACCAUAGCAACGGGAGUGGUAUCCACACAUUACGAGCUGAAUGCAUCCAUGUUAAGCGUCAAUCCUGCAAAAAUGGUAGAAGGCCAAACUCAUUACUUUUACGACUAUUACAUCAUUCCCUGGUGCCGCAUGGGGCCGUAUAUUGUCGGCAUAGUAACCGGCUCUAUUCUGUACCGGACCAACUGCAAUUACAAGAUACCAAAGGUGAUCAACCUCGUGGCCUGGGUAUUUAUAGCUGUCAUGGCGUGUCUUGUUUUGUACGGGAUCAACGACCCCGUCAACGGACAGGAGUGGAGUAACGGCGUGAACGCUCUCUACAACGCCGUCCACCGCUCUGUAUGGGGCAUGUGUGUCUCCUGGGUCAUCUUCGCCUGUGUUACAGGCAACGGGGGUAUCGUAAAUGAUUUGCUGUCCUGGAAGCUGUUCGUCCCCCUCGGUAGACUGAGCUAUUGUAUCUACUUGACACACCUCCUGGUCAUAAUGCGUUAUCUGUCUUCCUUGCGGCUUCCGAUUUAUGCCACGAAUCUCGAAUUUAUUUUCAUGUUCCUUGGAACAUUAGUGAUGUCGGUUCUUGUGUCCAUUGUGGCCUCCCUGGCCUUUGAGGCCCCAAUGAUGGCCAUAGAGAAGGCGAUCUUCCGACGGGGCAAGAAAUGAAACGUGAACAAAUAUGUCCGGAGAGGAAAACCGGAAGUGAAAGAAUUUACAAGACACGUAAUCACAUAGAAGUACAAAUGGACAAACCUCUGUUUUACAAGACACGUAAUCACAUAGAAGUACAAAUGGACAAACCUGUGUUUUACAAGACACGUAA